AUCUGCUCGACUAAAUCCACAAUGGCGGGCCGCCGCCUCUUGCUACAAUUUGAAAGGCGUGUUGUCGUCGUGGGUGGAAUCAUCGCUCCCGGUCGGGCCUUGCACUGUACAACAACCCGCAGCAUGAAUCGGACGACCGAGAUUCGCGUCUCCCCUGGCGAAGCGGACGCGUCUGCAAUCAUCGCCCAAGCCACGGAGCUCAUCGAAAAGCGAGGAUGGACUCUGAGUCUGGAUGGGAAAGGCCUCGAGCGAGAUUUCCGCUUCCCGACAUUCGUCAAAACCUGGAAAUUCAUGGAUGCGGUCGUCGUCGACAUCAAGGCGCAGCGUCAUCAUCCGGAAUGGUCCAACGUCUACAACAAAGUGCACAUCCGAUGGACGACGCAUCGGCCCGAAGGCCUGUCCAGCAAAGACAUAGGCCUUGCGAAGAUCUGCGAUGAGAAGGCCGCUGAAUUCGGAGAGAUCCCGUCGACCGACUCUGAGCAGGAAUCUUGAUCAUGAGAUGCAGACAUCUUGACUCUCAGAUGACGGUAUUAGAUGGCCUAAUUGCCUUUGGUCGGCAUUUCAAGAAUCGCCUUGCCUUUCGCAAGCACAAAGAUUGCCUGGUCAUGAAGUCAUACCAAGCACACAUGCCGAUGUCAAACCGUGCAGGUGCAUUUCAGUGAGGAAAGCGGCGUGAAAGGAAGCAGCUCCGAAAUGUGACAUUCCAAGGCAGGAUAAUAACAACC